ACAGCGGAAGAGUGGGGUUGUGAAGAAGUGGAUCCAUGGAGACAUUUGUGGGGAAGGGGUGGGGUGGAGAAGGGGGGGGGGCUCUCCCCCUCCCACUCGGGUUUCUUUCUCACCACCCUCCUUAGGUGACCGACUACUCAGACGAAGUACUCAGACUACUGUAAACUCAUUUACUUGUAUUUUUUAAUUGCGUCACCAACUUUAUUUUCUUUUUCUUCAUUUAUUUGCGCAUAGUGGGCGAAGAUUAUUCACAAUUUUAAAAUUAUAUUUUUGUUCUGUAAAGCGCUUUGUUGCGGCGACAGCUGUUGUGAAAGGGCUUUAUAAAUAAAGAUGAUUAACCCAGAGUUAUUUUACAGAGGAAAGGCAGCACCGCUCUACAUUGAGACGAGAACAUUACGUUUAUGCUUUUCCAACACUGCCCCCGUGUGUCUUAAUAUUGUUAUUACACUGCAAUUCCAUCAGAGAUUUUUUAUUUUCAACCACGUUUUUCUUUAUACCACGGUAUCAUUAUUUUAGAGAAUGGUGCCCUAAAAUAUAAUUAGACCUUUCUUUUUGUCAUUUACGUUUCUAUUUAUAACUGUUAUUUGGCAGAGAGAGAGAGAGAGAGAGAGAGAGAGAGAGAGAGAGAGAGAGAGAGAGCAGUGCUCGGGAUUAUCAUUAGACACAUUCUGAACAUUGGAUUGGGAUUAAAGCAUCGUGCCAGUCAGUUCAGCCUGCGCGCGCAACACUUUCCUUUUGCGAGCGGACCCAUAUGGUCUCAGGGACACCAUCCCGGAUUUAAUUGGACCGGUGUGUGGACAUGUCUGGCGUUCCCCAGCUCGUCAAAAUCGGCAUUUCGCUGAAGAUGCUUCCUAACAACACUGCCGUCUACUUCAAAUCCGACGGAGCCCGAUUCGGGCAAACCCGAACCAUCAAGCUGCUCACCGGCUCCAAGUACAAAAUCGAGGUGGUGGUUAAACCCGGAGCGGUAGAGGCCACGUCCAUGACCUUGGGGGGAGUGACCUUUGCCCUGGAGCGGCAAUCCAAGGACCCUCAGUCAGUGGUCUACACUGGUCUGUAUGACACAGAGGGCGUGGCGCACACCAAGAGCGGCGAGAGGCAGCCGCUUCAGAUCAGCAUCGAGUUCACCGAGGCGGGCACGUUUGAGACGGUGUGGCAGGUGAAAUACUACAACUACAACAAACGGGACCACUGCCAGUGGGGCAACAGCUUCAACAGCAUCGAGUACGAGUGCAAACCCAACGACACGCGCACACUCAUGUGGGUCAACAAAGAGACCUUUAUUUGACACACGGACUUGUUUGUCUUGGUGCAUUUUGGAAAUAUCAAAUUGAAAACAUUGACAUCUUGAUUUUUAAUGUAAACAUCGAUUUUAAAAAGUACAGUUAAACUGUUGUGUGGGUGUUUGUGAGUUGUUGUUUGGCAACAGCAUGAGUAUUUUUAUAAAUGGUAAAAAAAAAAAAAAGCUCUACCAGUGAGGUUGUGAAAGAAAUGGUUUGUGUUUCAACGGAAUGUUCUAUACACUGUUUUGAACCCUGUAUUUUUGCCGAGUCGACAGUUUUUGUAUUAUUAUACGAUAGUUUGCAUCGUCUGUUUUCUCUCUACCUCUUCUAAUCUGUGAAAUCUUUAUAUCUGAUAUUUUUAUGGUCCAUCUUGUGUUUUUGU